CUCUAAGAAUACGACCGUUAACAGAAGAAGAUUUAGCAUCGUUACCGUCAAGAUUUCAACGACAAGUCUUAUCUAUAUCGCCGAAUACUUCAAAUCAAGUUAUUGUAUCUGGAGAAAAGAAACAAUUCUUCACAUUUGAUCAUGUGUUUAGUCCAGAAACUUCACAGAAUGAAAUUUAUAACAAAGCUGUAUUAAAGCUAAUUGAUAAAUUCAUAGAAGGAUACAACGUAACAAUAUUAGCAUAUGGCCAAACUUCAUCAGGCAAGACUUAUACGAUGGGUACGUCUGACUCAACAGAAAUCUCUGCCGAACAAAAAGGAAUAAUCCCUCGGGCUAUGAAAACCUUAUUUGAUAUUAUAAAUUCUCUACAAUAUAAAUCUCGUAAAUUUCAAUUUAAGGUUUCAUUUAUUGAAAUUUAUAAUGAAGAUUUAAUUGAUCUACUUGGUGAGGGUGAAGGAGAAAAUAAACCUCAAGUUACUAUAAGAGAGGAUUCUAAAGGGCAUAUUUUAUGGAGUGGAUUACAAGAAAUUAAAGUUAACUCGGUUGAUGAG